AUGGACGUCGAAGAAAGCAAUGCCACUGUCAACCUUAUUUCCAAGGAAGGAGAUCAAUUCCCAGUGCCUUCGGGGGUUGCCAACAUGUCGGAACUAGUCAAGUCCAUGAUGGACGACGACGAAGAAGAAGACGAGGAUGACACCAAGGAAAUCCCGCUCCCCAAUGUCAAGGCCCAAGUCUUGCGCAAGGUGAUUGAAUUCUGCGAACACUAUUUGGAGGAACCCAUGACGGAAAUUGAAAAGCCGCUCAAGUCUCAGAACAUGGCGGACGUCGUCCAACAGUGGUAUGCCACCUUUGUGGAUCUAGAGCAAGUCUUGCUGUUUGAAUUGAUUUUGGCGGCCAAUUACAUGGAUAUCAAGCCCUUGUUGGAUUUGACUUGCGCCACGGUGGCUUCCAUGAUCAAGGGAAAGACACCAGAGGAAAUUCGUGCUACCUUUAAUAUUACCAAUGACUUUUCACCCGAGGAGGAAGCACAAGUUCGUGAGGAGAACAAGUGGUGUGAAGAAGCUUAA